AAAAGAACCACAUUUUGGUUCCGAACUCCAUUAAUAUCCAUGUCUUCGUAGGACUAGAAGGAUAAGAAAGUAAAGGUGUUUUGUCAACUUUUACAACUGCAAUCAUUAAUUCCAUUAUUAUCUUGCUGGCAUAAAAUCUUGCUCUUGUCCCCGUUUGAAUUAUUCAUACAUUCUCCCACUUGCAGAUGCUGAUGCAAUAUACUCUAUAAAGAGGUAAUAUUGAAUCUUAUUGCAUUAUUUGUUGAAUCCGAAGACUGAAGAUGAUUCAAUUUUUGCAGAUGGGAUGCUUAUUUCUUGUUCUUGUUUCUGUGUUACAUUAUCCAUUUGUUUUUUCGUCUAACAUUCCUUUUUCAAAUCAUUUAUGCCGCCAAGACCAGAGCUUGGCUUUGCAACAAUUGAAGUUUAAAUUGGCCAUAGAUGACUCUGCUUCUGCUGAUUGUGAUUCAAAUGGUCACAUUGCCUACCCAAAGACAUUUUCUUGGAAUAGCAGCACUGAUUGUUGUACCUGGGAUGGAGUAACAUGUGAUAGAAUUACAGGUCAAAUAACCGGUCUUGAUCUUAGUUGCAGCCAACUUCAUGGAACAAUUGAUUCCAACAGCACCCUCUUCCAGCUUUCUAAUCUGCAAAAGCUUAAUUUAGCAUACAAUGAUUUCUCCCCUUCCCAAAUUUCAAGCAAAUUUGGCUGGUUUCCAAGUUUGGCACAUCUUAAUCUCUCGAAUUCUGGUUUUUCAGGCAGAGUACCUUCAAAAGUAUCAUAUCUAUCUAACUUGAUUUCACUUGAUCUUUCCGAAAAUCUUGAGGAGUUGAGAUUUGGACCUCACACUUUCAAAUUGAUCCUUCAAAACUUAACUCAACUAAGGGAGCUUUACCUCACCUUUACAUACAUCUCUUCAGCACUCCCAUCAAACUUUUCCUCUUCCUUGGCUGUUCUGAAUCUUCCCAGCACAGAAUUGUCUGGGAAAAUCCCUGAUGAAAAUUUUCAUUUGCCAAAACUACAAAAGCUUAACUUAGGAAGCAACUCGGAUCUCACGGGACAUUUGCCAAAGAUUAAGUGGAACAGUAGCAGCUCUUUAACGGAGUUAGAUCUUUCUUCAUCAGGCUUUUCCGGGAAUGUACCAGAUGCUAUUGGUCAUCUCAGCUCUUUAAGUUUCCUAGAUUUCUCAAGUUGCUACUUCUCUGGAACCAUUCCUCAAUCUAUAGGGAAUCUAACAAAGCUCAAUAAUUUGCGCCUCUUCUCGAACAACUUCAAUGGUUCACUGCCAUCAACAAUCUCAAAUCUGGUGCAACUAGUUGAAUUUGAUAUUUCAUCUAACAACUUUAGUGGUGAUAUUCCAAAUAUUUUCAGUAACUUCACCAAGCUCAAAUCUUUAUCCCUUGCAGAUAACUUGUUCACAGGGUUGUUUCCAUCCUCAGUUACAAACCUAACAAAGCUGGAGAGUUUAAUACUCUCUAAUUGUUCAAUUGCUGGUCCUAUUCCUUCUAUCGCCACUGGAUUCCCAAACCUCAUUUUGCUCUUCCUAUCAGAUAACUUGCUUACUGGGGAAAUACCAUCUUGGAUAUUUGAUCUUCCUUCCUUAAAAUUCUUACAGAUGAGAGCCAAUCAUCUUACUGGUCAACUUAAGGAAUUUGGAUACAACUUGCUAGAAGUUCUUGAUGUUGGUGGCAAUAAGCUGCAUGGACCUAUCCCAAGAUCAUUCUCCAAACUUGUGAACUUGACAACACUAGAUCUUUCUACGAACAACUUUUCUGGUGGUCUAGACAUUGGUAUGUUUUCAAACUGCAAACAACUUAGACGUCUUGGUCUUUCUUUUAACAAUCUGUCGGUGUUUUCCAGCCACAAACAUAUGGCCUUGCCGAGUUCUAUUGGAAGAUUGUAUGCAUCUUCCUGCAAUAUAAGGGAAUUAAAUUUCUUACAAGCUGCAACGAGAAUUGGUCAAUUAGAUCUUUCCAACAACAAGAUCUAUGGCAAAAUUCCUGAUUGGGCGUGGUCUGAUUGGCAAAGCUCAUUGUUUUAUCUGAAUCUUUCAAGCAAUUUUCUAACUGCUAUUAACCCACUUCAUGACUUUGAAAAUCUUGUUUAUCUUGAUCUUGGAUCGAACUUGAUUCAAAGAGAACUACCCGCUCCACCUCCCUGCAUGUUCCUCUUCAUAGUCUCAAAAAAUAACUUCACCGGGAAGUUACCUUCACCGUUAUGCAGGAUGAGUACCCUUGUGAUUCUUGAUUUGUCCAGUAACAGCUUGAGUGGAGUAAUUCCAAAAUGUUUGGUAAACAUGAGCAGGAGUCUCUCAGUGUUGGACCUGCACGAUAAUCAAUUUCAUGGGACAGUUCCAACAAAGUUUGGCAGGGAAAGUACUUUGAGAAGUCUCAAUUUGCGGAAUAAUAAACUAGAAGGAACAUUGCCACAAACCCUGGCCAAUUGCAGAGCGCUGGAGGUACUUGAUCUUGGAGAAAACUUGUUGAAUGAUACAUUUCCAAAAUGGUUGGGAACACUUCCUAGGCUACAUGUUCUCAGUUUGAGAUCCAAUAGGUUACACGGCCCGAUUACCACUUCAAGAAAGCAAGUCUUAUUCUCUAAGUUGAAAAUCCUUGAUCUCUCUUAUAAUGACUUCACUGGGAAUUUUCCAGAAAGGUAUUUCAGAAACCUGAAAGCCAUGAUGAUAUCAGAUCGAACGGGAACUCCUACAUUGUAUAUUGGAGAAGAUCUAUACCAUGAUUCCGUGACAGUGUCUAUAAAAGGGCAGCAGAUUGAAAUUGUGAGGAUUCUUUCUAUCUUUGCAACCAUUGAUUUCUCAAGUAACAAAUUUGAAGGUGAUAUACCAAAAUACAUUGGCAAUCUUAGGUCACUUCGAGCUUUGAAUUUGUCACAUAACAGACUUAUUGGUCCAAUACCUCAGUCCUUUGGAAAUUUAUCAGUUCUUGAAUCGUUAGACCUGUCGUCAAACCAACUCUCAGGGAAGAUUCCACAACAACUUGCAACUAUGAACUUUCUUGCUGUCAUGAAUCUCUCACAGAACCAUCUGAUCGGACGCAUACCUAGAGGUCCACAGCUUGAUACAUUUGAAAAUGACUCGUAUUCAGGAAAUGCUGGAUUAUGUGGAUUUCCUUUGUCAAGAAAUUGUGGAGAUAAUGAGAUGCCGCAACAACCUCCUUCAUUUGAGGCCGAUGAAGAAGAAGAUGAUCCAGGGUUUAUGGAUUGGAGAGCAGUGGUAAUAGGAUAUGGUUGUGGAAUGGUGUUUGGAUUGUUUAUGGGAUAUGUCGUUUUCUUAACAGGGAGACCAAAAUGGUUUGUGAGAAUUGUCAACGAAGAAGGAUACAGGAUGGUUAAGAAAAUUGAGGCCAAGAGAAGACGUCGGAAAAGAAGAGGAUGAAGUAAUAACAAGUGGCUUCUAGUAUUUGUAAAUUUCAUGCAUUGCUGCAUUGACAAUUUUUGCUAAUGCUUCUGUUGUUCUUAGGUGUGUUAUAUUUACUGGGGUUAUAAAUUGGGGUUCUUUGCAUUGUAAGCUAAUAAUGAAAAGAGAGGAAAAGAAAGAACAAAAGGAAUAUUCUAGGAGUAUGUUCUCUUUUGGACAAUGCUGCAGAAAUUGGCAACUUUUUGUAUUCCUUCUCACAUUCCAUCUCUAAAUUAUGUGUCAAACCUAAACUGCAUCCCAAAAUUAACAGGUUACGUCCUCCCGUUGGUUUCUGUCAAAACAUAACUUCUCAUUCAGGCAUUUUACCAAACAGGUGGUGUUCCAGCAAUAUGAUUUGUUUGAAAAGGAGGACAUUACGACAAUUGAAGCAAAAUCUCAUUCAAGGUGUGAAUGAAGAAAAUCAGAAAAUGGAAAGAACGAAAAAUGGAGGCAGGUGGUGAACAGAUGGAAAGAACGAAAAAUGGAGGCAGGUGGUGAACAGAUGAGCUCUUCUUUUAUGAAAUUGGUAAAAUGUAUCUUGAAAUCUUCUUUUUGUCUAUGUAGAGUGAAACUCUACUAACCACUAACCAGACUCAGGAACCAAAGACGCUAAGACUAACCCUUUAGUAAGCCUACCCCUU